UUUGUCUCCUUCCACCAAUGUUACUAAAAUCCACCAAAAAAUGUCUCUAGUCCAUUAUGCCAUCCUCGUGGCACUUCUUGUCAUCUCCGCCAAUGCAGUCUCUCCUCCAGAGAAGUUGAAACCCAAACAAACCGUUCCUGCUUCUCCUACAAUCUCUGCUGCCGCCAAAGCUUUCACCGACGCGCACAACAAGGCCAGAGCCAUGGUAGGUGUCCCACCGCUAGUAUGGAGCCAGACGCUGGAGGCGGCGGCGAACCGGCUGGCUCGUUACCAGAGGAACCAGAAGAAAUGCGAGUUUGCGAGUCUAAACCCAGGGAAAUACGGCGCGAACCAGCUUUGGGCCAAAGGUUUGGCCGUGACGCCGAUUCUUGCGGUGGAGACAUGGGUGAAGGAGAAACCUUUCUACGACUACAAGUCGGACAAGUGUGCCCCGAACCACACGUGUGGUGUCUAUAAACAAGUCGUGUGGAGAGACUCAAAGGAGCUAGGCUGUGCUCAAGCCAUGUGUACUAAAGAGUCAACGGUUUUAACCAUUUGUUUCUAUAAUCCUCCCGGGAAUAUAAUUGGCCAAAAGCCAUACUAGAAAAAAAAAAUGUAUUACUUACUAGAGUAACUAUAUUAAUGGGCCAAAAAAUAAUCUCAUUAUUUGA